UAUAGAGUAAUGCCGUUGUAAAGCAAAACGAGAGAAACAUAUCAUCGAAAGUAGUGUGAAGACUAAGAAGUAAACAUGACUAGUUUUAUUCCGUUGCUUUUUUGUAUAUUGCUGGAAGUUUCAAAUGGUUUGGAGUAUGAAGUAGUAAGGUCAAACAUUAAUACUGAUGAAAUCACUGAUAAAAUCACUUUUAAAACAAACAAUGAGGAUAUCUGUAUCAAACAUGGGGCAAUUAAUUUAACAAAAACAGAUGACAGAGUGACUUGCGCGUGCCCACGGAAGACGACAUUUUAUAGCAUGCAUACCGAGUCACCUGCUUGUCAUCCAACCAAUGCACAUAAUUUAGGAGGUUGUGGCUGUAUUGGAAAGUGCAUGUCUUUUAUCACAGCUGAGCUGUCAAUGAAAAGAGUAUUUUUGGAACCAGUAGCGUCGUGUAGCAUAAACACACCAAGAUAUACAAUAAGAAAAUGGACAAUGAAUGGUUGGGAAGUAUUUAAUAGACCAAAUGAUUUACUAAUCAGAUAUUCCGUAGAGGAUAACAAAGGAGUAAUGAGAUUUCACUGGAAAGUUGAUGGAUUUCAAGUUAUACCACACUACAGUGGAAACAUAUUUUUCAUUACUGGAUUCUGUGGUGUAAAGAAACAUUGUUUCUUAGCAAGCUCUCCGGGCACCAAAAAGUACAACACUCUUGAACAAACUACAACGACAACAACUAGCUCAAAUACAAUAAAACCAUCAACAGCACCAACUACAAGAAUCGCCAUCACAAACAACACUCUUGAACAAACUACAACGACAACAACUAACUUAAAAACAAUAAAAAAAUCAACGGUAACAACUACAAAAAUCGUACAUACGACUAAACAUUCAAACGCAACAAAAAAGGAUUCAGAAGAAAAAUCAUCAAAUUUAGUGACGAUUGUGAUUAUUUUCACUGUUUUGUUUUUAAUAAUAAUCCUUUUAAUUGCGGGGGUGUUAAUUUACAGGAGAAAACCACAAAGCAGUACCAACCACACAACUACUGUUGCUCAAAUGCAAAAAACGGCUGCUGCAUGUGAUAUGUAUUUUCAGUCAAAUCCAUCUACGCCCGUAUCAUCUCAACACACAGAUGACCAUUAUUCACACAUUUAUUCGCCAUCCCAAAACAGCAAUGAUCAUUAUUCAUAUAUUUCUUCGAGACCAAUAAGCCAACUUCCAACGAGAGAACAAGUAAUAAGAAGCAAACUGCAUGCGCAAAACCAGGAAGGUUCUAAAAAUUAUGUUACCCCCAACAUUACAUUAGUUGGUCAAAAUUUUUUGUAUGAGGUGGACGAAAUCAAUGCAUCAAUGCAAUAUGACAAUGCAUUUAUGAAUACAUCAAGUGGUUAAAGAGCGUUAGAUGGAUUACUUACGAUGUGGGUCGGUCAAGUCGUUUUAUGAUAAUGCUGACGUUUAAAGUAUUAUAUAUUUAAUGUUUAAGAUAUUAAUUUUUAGUUGAUA